ACUUCGUGAUAAGAGCAACAGGGGCGACACCUGUGGGCCUUUGUCGGUUUCGAUCCUUCUCAACUGUGACUCCCGUCGAAGCGGUCGAGUUCGCAGUGAGCUCCCGCCAUGUUUGACUUGCUGGGCUCGUUGAAGGCAUACUUCACCACCAAGUAUGUCAUCAUCGACAACUUAAUGUGCCGCCUGCACCACAAGGCAUCGGUGGGAAUCCUCUUGGCCUUCAGUAUCCUCGUGACUGGCAAGCAGUACGUGGGAGACCCCAUCGACUGUAUCAGCAAAGAUGCUAUUCCGGGAAACCUGCUGGACACCUACUGUUGGAUUCACAAGACCUUCAGCGUCCCGAGUGCCUGGAAAGGAAAGCUGGGCGACGAAGUGGCCUAUCCCGGAGUGGCGCCAUUUGUUCCAGGAGAGCAAGUUGUGUACCACACGUACUACCAGUGGGUCUGUUUCGUCCUCUUCCUGCAGGCUCUCUUCUUUUACAUACCGAGGUACAUCUGGAAGACGCUGGAAGGUAGGCGGAUUAUAAACCUAACCGAUCAUCUCUCCUCCCCGAUGCAGGAAGAGAAUACCUUAGUAAAGUCUAGGGAGAUGCUCGUUCGCUACCUGACGUACAACAGGAACCAGCACAUGAUGUACUUUACCGGAUUCGUGUUCACGGAAGUCCUCUACCUGGUCAACGUCAUCUCCCAGAUAUUCAUCAUGGAUCGGUUCUUGGGCGGAGAAUUUUCGAGGUACGGCUUGGAAGUGCUUCAGUUUACAGAAUGGCACUGGGAGGCGAGGUAUGAUCCCAUGAUCAAGGUGUUCCCCAGGAUGACCAAGUGCACGUUCCGAAUGUUUGGUACGUCGGGAGACCUGCAGAAGCACGACGCCGUCUGUGUCCUCCCCAUCAACAUCAUCAACGAAAAAGUCUACGUGUUUCUGUGGUUCUGGUUCGUCAUCCUCUCUGUCAUUACGGCCGUGUUUCUCGUCUAUCGAGUGGCGACGAUCGCUCUACCAUCACUUAGAUAUCACGUCAUGUACAGCAAAAACAGGGCCGUCGAAUCCGAAGAGCUGCGACGUAUUAUCGACAACGUCGGUGUCGGGGAUUGGUUUAUCUUUUACCAGAUCAGCAAGAACAUCGACCAGAGCAACAUGAAGGACCUGGUUGUAGAGUACUCACGUGCCCUGGAUGGCACAAGUGACACGAAACCGCUUCGAAAAUGACUUUACGGCAAGCGUACUUUCCUAACGCUGAAUAAGCUUCUGGUCAUCACAGCAUUGUUCUCAGCCUGCUGCCUCGUGUGAAACUCUAAUGCACAAGAAAGGUAAAUCUAAACAUGAACGAGUGUGUCCACGGUGCUUAGAUUGUUUCAACAUCAAGCAUCUAUGAACACUCAACGGAGGCGGGGAGAUAGCCGAUAGCUCUGUUAAUUCCAGAUCAGUGCGUGCAUACGUUACCAUCGCAGUGCUCACUUCGCGGUAGGUUAGCAGCUGCCGGACCAAAUCGGUCCUUGACCUAUUCCUGGUAGUCGGUGCAAGCAACAGCAUCUGUAUUAGAAAAGGUCCGUACAAUCUUGAUUAUCGAUCAUAAAUAUCCAUGCGCUGGCCGUUUACAGGACGUAUUUAAUUUGAUCACCACCUUUAACUAAAGGCUAACGCAGCACUCUUUCUUCUUUCAAUAGAUUUAACGAAUAGCGCCAUGAUGUUACCACUAAAAUUCUCAACGGGUGUUAUGAUCUCCGAUUGAGACUGGGCGCGUUAAGUGAAGACUCCUGAUUCGACUUCUUUGAUGUUAACUUCAUCAACGAAACAAGCAAAAAAGAAAAAGAAAAACGAGUUGCCGAUACGGUUUGAAUAUUGUUACCGAGAAAGUCUUCACUCAACGUAUCCGAUGUCGCUAUACUUACGUUAACUUCAGAGCAAGAGACACCACCCAGUGGAAAAGACGGAAUUUUUAGAAACGGGUAGCUCGUCGAAAUAUCCGGAGAAUCUUUUCGCGAACUGGUGGCAAAAAUGGGGAACAGAAGGACGGGGAUGAGUUGCCGCAGCCACAAACAAAAUCUAAUGAAACGAGUGAUAAAAAGAAAGCGUUACGUGUGGUACGUAAGAGGAGGAAGAGGUGUACGAAGUCCGUUUACAACUACCGACGAAGACUACCGCAAGCAAAAUAGCGCCGGCUCCUGUCUUGGUACAUCCGGCCUAUUCAGCCGGGCAAAGUGCAAUAUUCCACAGGCACGAGUAAAGUUCGCCGAACCAUUUAUCUGCUCAUGUCGCCAGAUGAAUAAAAAUAAAAAAGCAAGUCAAUAAAA